UUUCAAAUUAUCAAUUAUUCGUUUUAAUCAUUUUCAUCCUUAUUUACACUUUCAGUUUCUCACUCACCUGUUGUCACUUUGGAGAGUGUCUUUUCUCAGUUCAAGCUCAGCCUGGAGCUGUAGACACUAGGGCAAGCUGUUCAGAUGUUUGAUGGCUGUCACCCUGCAACCUCAGUACAGAGUGCCAUUCACUGAGGGCUCAGCUCACACUUAGCGAAGAAUGUGGGGUUCAGAGCCAGACAUGAGGGUUUGUGUCCCACCCUACUUCACAAUGGAAGAGUCACUAUCUCUGAGAAAACCUGUGUUCCAAAUUCAUGAAUCCCCAAGAUGAUGUGUUAGGAUUAGCAACUAGCCAGAACCUCCACCCGCUAGCCUUUCACAGAAGACUGGGUGCACCUGGUGGUUCCUCCGCCACUCUUGGAUUCUGAGCAGUAUUCUCUGAGAGCCCAAUGUGCCUGAUAGCCUUAGAAGACUUCCUUGAUGCCAGUCACCAGGUUGACAUUGCAGACCUAAUGUAACUAUAUCUCCUUGAUACCCAGUAUCUAGCACUUAGGGUAUGAGGUAAUUCAGGGAGCCAAUCAGAUGCCAGGAUUUGGGGGCGGUGGAGGUGAGAACCUCACACCUGGGCUGUCUGUUAAGAACAGAUGUACGUCAGGGGAACUUGGCCUAAAGAGACUCCUCCUGAGUGGAGUAUGGGAAGGGGCUAAGCCUACACAGCUGGCCUGGGACUUUGUCCCAAGGACAAGGAUGCCCAUAAAUAAAGCCAGACCCAGCAGUUACCCUAAUACCUGCCACAAUGCUACUGCUCAGCCUAACCUUUACCUUGGUUCUCCUAGGCUCCUCCUGGGGCUGUGGCGUUCCUGCCAUCAGACCAGCACUGAGCUUCAGCCAGAGGAUUGUCAACGGGGAGAAUGCAGCAUCAGGCUCCUGGCCCUGGCAAGUGUCCCUGCAGGACAGAAACGGCUUCCACUUCUGUGGUGGUUCUCUCAUCAGCACGAAUUGGGUGGUCACUGCUGCCCACUGCCAAGUUAGUCCUGGCAGCCACUCUGUCGUCCUGGGCGAGUAUGAUCUAUCAUCCAACGCUGAGCCUGUGCAGGUGCGGUCCAUCUCAAAGGCCAUUACACACCCAAGCUGGAACCCCACCACUCUGAACAAUGACCUGACGCUCCUGAAGCUUGCCUCACCAGUCCAGUAUACAGCACGCAUCUCACCUGUCUGCCUGGCUUCCUCAAAUGAAGCACUCUAUGAUGGCCUCAAGUGUGUCACCACUGGCUGGGGCCGCCUCAGUGGCGUGGGCAAUGUGACACCAGCACGCCUCCAACAGGCAGUUCUGCCCCUGGUCACUGUGAAUCAGUGCCGACAAUAUUGGGGCUCACAAAUCACUGCCUCCAUGGUCUGUGCAGGUGCCUCAGGUGUCUCCUCAUGCCAGGGUGACUCGGGAGGCCCUCUUGUCUGCCAGAAAGGGAGCACAUGGGUGCUUAUUGGUGUUGUCUCCUGGGGGACUGAUAACUGCAAUGUGCAAGCACCUGCUAUCUACACUCGGGUUAGCAAGUUCAACAGCUGGAUUAACCAGGUCAUAGCCUCCAACUGAGCCUACUACAGGCUUUCUCCCCCAUCCCAACCUAAUAAAGACCCCCAACCUCUG